CCGCGCUGUCCGGCUCAAGCCCCGCAGCCACGUGAGAUGACGCUGGGACUAGCCCCUCGUGUUGGACGGCGGACGGAGAGCAACACGGGCAGCGAGGUGGAGCGGCUCUGCUUAACGAACAUCGUCACGAAGCCAUACCAUCAAUCAAGCGACCAGCGAUGCUCUCCUGAAUCGACGUCCACCAUGAGCGUCUCGUGGCAGGACAAUGACGAUGCGCUGGCCGAGCUGGAGCUCCUGGCCCAGAAUCAAAGGAAGCUUAAUCAGCUCACACAGCGCAUGACGGGCAUUUUGUCUGGAUUCGAUCGACGUCUCGCAAGUCUCGAAGGCACGCUGCUGCCCAUUCAUCACCGCACGCAGACGCUCAAUAGAGUCGAGAAGAAUGUCGAGGCCACUCUCGAGGCCUUGCAGCAUACACUUGGCCAUUUCAACGUCGUCGACGAGGAAGAGCCCAAGAUAUUGAAAGGCCCCGAUGUUCAUAAUGUCUCGUCGUACCUCGAUACGAUAGACAGAUUGGUCCGCGGCCUGGAAUACCUCAAGCGAUCAGACCUCAAGAGUCAAGAGGGCGUCGUCAGGAGGAUGCACGACCUCAUUGAAACGGGAUCACGCAAUCUGACGACACUCCUUGAGGAGUGGGUAUCAGCAGAAUCGGUUCCCAUUAGUCCAGAGGACUACGGCCCAAGAGGCUUGCCCCUCCCAAUCCUCUCUGGCUCGACGCUGGAAGCCAUCAUCCCCAUCUUCUCCCGCCUCAAGACGCUUCCUACAAACCCAUCCAACGGAUAUGCGCCCUUCCUCGCCGCUCUCUCCCUAUACUCGGACCUUCGCGGAAGCUACCUGGAACAAUCCAUCGCACCCCUCGGUAAACGCCUCGUCGAUUUUGCUACCGACCGUGUUGGCAACAGCAACGCGUCGCGUGGGGCAAUGAUGACUGCCGCGUUUGAUGCCGAGGGAGAGGACGAGGGUGCCUAUCAGCGCGGCUCGGCAGGGGCGAAGGAGUGGCUGGCGGCCAUCCUUGAUCUGGCAGAGAAUGAGCACGCCAUUCUGACAAAUUUGCUACGGGGCUUGACACCGCCGUCUUCCAGUAGCACCAUCGCAUCGACCUUUUCACGGCUGCUGAGGCCCGUAUUGCGGCACUUCACGGCGACGGUCACCGCCUUGCAGAGUCAUGUCAGGCGGAACAUGUCGACGCAUACUCUCUUCUCCCUCGACCUGAUCGGGGCACUCUCCGAUGCGCAAAUGAGGUGGAACAGCGUCAUAGUCAACGCGGCGGGCAAGGGAGGCGGCGGCAAUGAGGACGGGAUAGCGUCUUCCAGCGAUGGUAGCGGGGCUCAUGCGCUGGGCGAGCAGCUGCAGUCACUGCGAACCUCGACGAUGAAUGUCUUCAUCGGCUUCCUCAACGACGUACAGAGUCUGCCGAGGCAGAGGGAGAGCGAGGUGCCCAGCACCAACAUCAACGAGAUCACGUACCUCUGUCUCACAUUCCUCCGCCAGAUGUGCGACUACGCAGAUGUCGUAGCGCCGCUUCUGGCUACGCUGGGCGCUGGCAACUGGAUGAUGAGCAGCAACACGGCGCCUGUCUUGUCACUGUCCAUCAAUCCGGGGGACCAGCGGGGCAUCCUCAGCCAAUAUCUGUGUGAUACGCUUGCUACUGUAUUGGAAGCAUUGCGAGCACGCUCACGCGCUAUCAAGCAGCCAUCGACGGCAUCCAUCUUCCUUCUCAACAACAUCGGUCGUCUACAGCGCGAUCUGUCCAUGACUUCGAUCCUCUCAGACUACCUCGGAGCGACGGGCACCGAGCUCCUCCAGAGAUCCAUGGGAGACGCACGCAACGCCUACCUGGACGCAUGGCGCAGUGUCGUCUCAGCUCUGCAAGAAGACAGCGGUGACGGCCCCGGUGCUACCACAGACAACACGUCGGCCAAGUCUCAAAAGGAAGACGCCAAGCAACGCUUUGCCCGCUUCUUCGAAGGGCUUGAGGACCUUGAGCGAUUGCACCUCGCCUACCCUUUGAGCAGGGACGAUGAUGAGUUGCGCCGUGGGUUGCGGCGAGAAGUAGUCUCGCACAUGGUGCUGCCGGCCUAUCGUCGCUUCGUUGCUCGUCAGAUGGCGGCGCAGUUUUCGAGCAACCCGAGCAAGCACAUGCGGCCAGAGGGGGAGGUAGAGGAUCGGUUGUUGAGAUUAUUUGCAUAGAGGAUGGCGGCGCCACAGCUAAUUCCAGACUUUCGGCAAUGCUUCAUUCGUUGAGGCCCUCUUUUCGCCCUUGAUUCACCACUCGAUACGAGCCGUCUUCCUUGCUCCUUUGCGGGCCAAGGGGCCCAUCGUCGCCAUAGAGAGCAUCGAAGGCGGCUUGGAGUGUGUCCAUGUCGAGGUCUUCGAGGCGGACGUCGGCAUUGUCUGAUGAAAGAACUUGCGGUGAUUCGGCGUCUUGCUCGUCGUUGGCCGUGGGGUGAAGGACCAUCCCGCCGACGGCUUGUUGUUGCUUCGGUACAGGCGGUAUCAAUCCACCUCGCCCCUGUUGCCAGAAGGACUUGAC